CUGUUGCAGGAGCCAGUUCGCGUGGCUACCCUUCCCAACGACAUUAUAAAGAUUUCUGCUGGUUAUCAUCAUUCUUGUGCUAUCACAGUUGAUGGCGAACUCUAUAUGUGGGGGAAGAACACCAACGGACAGCUUGGCCUUGGAAAAAAAGCCAAUAAAGUAGUUUCCUUUCCGAGAAAAGUUGAAAGUUUAAACGGGCUAGCUGUAAAAGCAGCUUCCUUGGGUUUUGAGCAUUCAAUUGCUGUUACAGAUAAUGGUGAGGCCUUGAGUUGGGGUGGGGGAGGCUCUGGACAACUUGGUCAUGGACUUCAUUCAGGAAUUUUUGGAGUACUAAAAAGUAACAGGUCCAUCGUGAUGGUUGAUAACAUUCUACCAUCUUCUAUAUGUUGGCUUAUGAAGUUUUGAUAGAGUGAUCCUAAACUUACCCAGACUUCUUCACCAAGAGAAAAAGUUCUGUUCUAAUGGACUAUCACACAUGCUUUAAUGUGUUCUCCACUUUCCUUUUGGAGCAUUAAUGUGUUCUCCACUUUCCUUUUGGAGCACUGUGAUGUUAUUAUAUCAUCACUCUAUUGUAAACAUCAUUUACAAACCAUUAUUGUCUUAUCUUAGGCUAGGAGAAAUCAUUUCAUUAUCACUCUACUGGAAACAUUCUGCAAAUGAUAUUAUUUGAAGUAUGGAUUUCCCAAUGUAUGCUAUGGUCUCUUACAGCGAAUGUAGAAUUUUAUUAGUUCCCAUCGGUAAAUUACAGGGAAAGGGGGAUACAACCUCUGGUUCAGAUAGGGAAUGAACUGAGAGGAAAAAAGAAGGAACAAUGUUCUCUAAUUCUAUUUUACUUUCUAAUUGUUCUACUCCUUUAUUGUCAUUCCUCUUCUAAGAUAUAUCAUUCUGGAGUGGUUUGAAAAACCAUUUAUCGCGUCUCCCAUCACAAAUUAAAUUUUUAAAAUUUUUCUGCCGUGUAUUUUUUACAUUAAUUUACUUUUUUGACAUUAAGGGUGAGUUUGUUAUUGCGGCACAUACAAGAAGUGGUGUAAAACACAAUGUUAUGUACAAAAUAUUUUCAUGCUAACCUAUAUUAAAGACAUCAAAUGUGCCUCCACAUGUUUCAUUAUGGACUCUCAUGUCAUCGGUGGUUAGCUUUCAGUUAUAUGUGUAUCCGGAAGAGUAUUGUUUCAUGCUUAGUCACUUAACUAGUGUUGCCUUUGAAUGCAGUGAAUAUGCACCAAGACUUAUAAAGAAGCUUGAGAGUGUGAAGGUUAUAGAAGCUGGUGCUGGGAUGUUGCAUUCUGCCUGCAUAUGUGAGACAGGAUGUGUAUAUACUUUUGGACGAAGAGCAAAGGAAAAUUUUGCAAGUGUCUAGAACCUAAUGGCUAUACAUUUAUACUUCCUAUUUUUAUAAUUUACUUAGACUGUUGCUGCAAUCAAACUAAAUAUGUUCUCCUUAAAUUGUAGGGCUUUGGUGAAAACUACGAUAGAGAACCAUCUAUGAUAUGCGAGUUACCAUCUUCAGAAAUGAUUGCAUGUGGUGGUUAUCACACAUGUGUUGUCACAAGUGUUGGAGAGCUGUAUAGCUGGGGCUCUAAUGAGAAUGGCUGUCUCGGAACUGGUUGUACAGAUGUUACAUAUUCACCUGAAAGGGUUCAAGGCCCAUUUCUGAUGGAUUCUGUUUACAAGGUAUCUUGCGGUUGGAAACAUACAGCAGCAAUUUCUGGAGGCAAUGUUUAUGCAUGGGGGUGGGGAGGUUCCCAUGGAUCAUUUUCUGAAGACGGACAUUCUUCAGGCGGACAAUUGGGGCAAGGAGAUGACAGAGACCACAUUGAGCCUGGAAUGGUUAAAUUUCAGGUUGGCGUUAGGGCAUUACAAAUUUCUUGUGGAUUUAAUCAUACAGGUGCUGUAGUUGAAUGUACAUGAACCAACAAGCCUAUCUUGUGAAACACAUAAAUAAGAUUGAUUAUAUCAUGUGUUGUAAGUUGUAAUUAACUCUCCACUUCCUACUUACUCAAUCAUCAUCAUCGUCAAUAAUAAGACAUUACGCUU